CAAGCAAGACGCGCUUAUACAAACAUUGACUUUGUAAAAUCAACACCAUCAUCAUUGAACCAUUCCACACUCACAAACAAUGAAUGUUCCACAUUAUAAAUCAUUCAUAUCUUCACACUAUACCAAACACAAAACAACAACACCCUUAUCCAUACAAUUUCCUCUAACUCAUUUUUUGAUACAUAGUUCCAAAAAUGUAUCAACAAGAGGAUGGAAAGCCAUUUAACAAUCAGCAGCCACCAUCAGCCGCCGCUACUGGUUUUCCGGUGAGCUUCAAUAGCAAUACAUCAGCAACGUACUCCGGUGCUUCAACGACGGAAUACGUGCCUCCUCCGCCGAAACCUCUAGUUGAUUGGUCCACUGGUCUUUGUGAUUGCUGCUCUAAUCCUGGAAAAAGUUGCAUAACGUUUUGGUGUCCAUGUAUUACUUUUGGCCAAGUUGCUGAAAUAAUUGACAAGGGAUCUACUUCAUGUGGUGCUAGUGGGGCUUUGUAUACAUUGAUUUGUUGUGUGAUUGGGUGUGGUUGCUUGUAUUCUUGCUUCUACCGGUCAAAGAUGAGACAACAAUACGGUUUGAAAGGAAAUGAUUGUACAGAUUGUAUGAUUCAUUGUUGCUGUGAGGCUUGUGCCUUGUGUCAAGAAUAUCGUGAGCUUGAAAACCGUGGAUUCAAUAUGGUCAUUGGGUGGCAUGGAAAUGUUGAGCAACGGACUCGAGGAAUAGCUAUGGCUACAACAGCUCCAGCAGUCGAAUCGGGCAUGAACCGUUGAAGUGAGGGAAGAUCUAUAUGUGUAAUUUUAUAUGUUACUCUGUACAAUUACGGUAUUCUCAAGAAGAUAAGAUAUGUGAUACGAGUUGUACCUUCUAUUUGCGGUGAAAACACACAUUGCUCUAGUUUGCAAUGUGUAAGUGUCAUCGGUAACAUGAAUAAAAGUAUUGCCAAGGUUUAUUAUGUAA